GUCAGCCGUGUAAUCAAUGUUUCUACAGAUAUGUGGUCUUUACCAGUGUUUAAAGAUGGCGGCCUCCUUAGCUACUGCAAUGAGUAAAGUUUGCAGAUCUUUUAUUUCUUCAAAUCCAGCUCUUCAAUCUCCAACUGCAAUAGGACCAGCUAAGUGUACGCUUUAUUAUUUCAGAAGAUUGGUUCACACGGAUAGAAUUAGCUAUGAAUUCAAGCCAGAGAGACUUAAACAGAUUGAAGCAUCACCCAGUGGAUGGGUUCCUCCUGCUACUGAAAAGCCAGACUUGCCUUUCUCCAUUAAAAGAAGCAAAUACAAUAACAUUCCAGUAUAUACAGAUUAUAGAAGUGGAGGAACUCGCAAGUUAACAAUAAUAAAGAGGGUCAAAGGAGAUCUAAAGGCAUUAGAAGAAUGUCUGAAAAGUCAUCUCGGAAAUGAUAUUAUAACCUCAUGAAAUGAACUAACAAGCCAAGUAAUAAUACGAGGAAGUUACAAAGAUGAAGUUUUUACACUGCUUAAACGCCUGGGAUUCUAGGAAUUUCACACCACAAAAUAAUACUUUUUUGAAGUUUGAGACAAGUCCAUAAAACUCCUUUGGAUGUGGAUGACUGGGAAGAUGUCUAGGUGUGACACCACACUGAGGUUAACUGCUCUUAUAGAAAUGUUCCACCACUUCAAGAGUUAAUCAGUUCAAUGCAGUGAGAACUUCAAAUUUAUUGGUGUUCCAAAAGUAAAUAAAUUAAGGUUUGCAUUCCUUUUUUGUGUUGAGGCAUGUCAAGAUCUUUCAAAGUGAGAAUUUGCUUAGAGCAGGUUCACUACAGCACCUACUUAAUGAUACCAAACUGUCACACAUGUAUUUGGAUUAAAGUGUAAUAUUGAAAUAAAAAGAAACUUGUUCAAUGAAAAAUGUUACAUAACUUGGAAGCAAAACAUUCUAACUUUGUUGCAGAACAUCAUACCAGCACUUACAAUUCAAUAAAAUCACUAAAAAGA